GUCUCUCUGGGUAAUGGAGAACUGUCAAAGCAUGUGCUGAGUAAGCUGCACUCACUCCCACAGUUGUUCUUAUAGUGUUUCUGUGUUUCAGAGCAGAGGCACUGAGGAUUUAACUUCUGACUGCAGCUUCUCAGGUAUAGUUUUGUGUGGAAAAUGGAUGGUGGCUUUGAGGACCUGGAGCUACGAGAAGCUCAGAGAGAAUACCUGGACUUUCUGGAUGAUGAUCAAGACCAGGGCGUGUAUCAUGAGAAGGUCAGAAACAUGGUGUCUGAAGACCAGUCUCGCCUCAUUGUCAACAUUAAUGACCUGCGGCGGAGAAAUGAAAAACGAGCCAAGGAACUGCUGAAGAAUGCCUUCAGUGAGCUGGUGGCUUUUCAGAAAGCUCUGAAGGACCUGGUGGCAUCCUUUGAUGCAACCUAUGCCAAACAGUUUGAUGAGUUCCACGUUGGAUUUGAGGGAAGCUUUGGGAAUAAGCAUGUAUCCCCUCGUACCCUCAGUGCACGGUUUCUGGGCAAUCUUGUCUGUGUUGAGGGAAUUGUGACCAAGUGUUCAUUGGUCAGGCCAAAGAUCAUGCGCAGUGUGCACUAUUGUCCAGCCACAAAGAAAACCCUGGAGAGGAAAUACACUGAUCUCACUUCACUGGAUGCUUUCCCUUCCAGUGCUAUCUAUCCCACCAAGGAUGAGGAGAAUAAUCCAUUAGAAACUGAGUUUGGGCUGUGCUGCUAUAAGGAUCACCAGACACUGACCAUCCAGGAGAUGCCAGAGAAGGCUCCUGCUGGUCAGCUGCCCCGCUCAGUCGACAUAAUUGCCAAUGAUGACCUUGUAGACAAAGUGAAGCCAGGAGAUCGUGUGCAGCUUGUUGGAGUCUACCGCUGUUUACCUGCCAAGCAAGGAGGCUUCACCUCAGGAACCUUCAGGACUAUUCUUCUAGCCAACAAUGUGAAGCUAAUGAGUAAGGAAAUUGUUCCCACAUUUUCUGCUGAUGAUGUUGCCAAGAUCAAGAAAUUCUGCAAAACUCAUUCUAAAGAUGUUUUUGAGCAUCUGAGUCGAUCGCUAGCUCCCAGUAUCCACGGUCAUGAGUACAUAAAGAAGGCCAUUCUCUGUCUGCUACUCGGCGGCAACGAGACCAACCUAGAGAAUGGCACUCGCAUCAGAGGAGACAUCAACAUCUUGCUCAUAGGUGACCCAUCAGUGGCCAAAUCUCAGUUGCUGAGGUACGUUCUGUUCACAGCACCAAGGGCUAUCCCCACUACUGGACGUGGCUCGUCUGGGGUGGGACUUACUGCUGCGGUUACCACAGAUCAAGAAACGGGUGAGCGCCGGUUAGAGGCAGGUGCCAUGGUUCUUGCUGACCGAGGGGUGGUAUGUAUCGAUGAAUUUGACAAGAUGUCUGACAUGGAUCGUACAGCCAUCCAUGAGGUGAUGGAGCAAGGGAGAGUUACAAUCGCUAAAGCUGGGAUCCAGGCCAGGCUGAAUGCUCGCUGCAGUGUGUUGGCUGCUGCUAACCCAGUCUAUGGAAGGUAUGACCAGUAUAAAACCCCUAUGGAGAACAUUGGUCUACAAGAUUCCUUACUCUCUCGAUUCGAUCUGCUCUUCAUCGUUCUUGAUCAGAUGGAUGCAGAUAGCGACAGGGAGAUCUCUGAGCAUGUGCUGCGCAUGCAUAGAUAUCGACCACCAGGGGAGCAGGAGGGAACAGCAAUGCCUCUGGGCAGCACUGUGGACAUAUUUGCCACAGAAGAUCCGAACAUCACUGAGGCAGCAGAGCAGGAACUGCAGAUUUAUGAGAAAAAGGACAAUAUACUCCAUGGUCACAGGAAGAAAAAGGAAAAAGUUGUUACCAUGGAGUUCAUCAGAAAAUAUAUCCAUGUGGCUAAGCUAGUGAAACCAGUUUUGACCCAGGAGGCUUCAGACUACAUAGCAGAAGAGUAUUCCAAACUCAGAAGCCAUGAUCAGGUCAACAGCGACUCAGCAAGGACGAUGCCAGUGACUGCUCGUGCUUUAGAGACGAUGAUCAGGUUAGCCACAGCCCAUGCUAAAGCUCGCAUGAGUAAAACCAUUGACUUGGGAGAUGCAGAGGUUGCUCUGGAGCUCAUGCAGUUUGCCUACUUCAAAAAGAUUCUGGAGAAGAACAAGAAGAGGAAGCUUCCUGAGGACAAUGCUGACUCUCAGAUGGAUGGUACUCAGAGUGAGGAGACUCGCAGCCAGAGAAGUGUCAGGAAACGUUCCCGUGUCUCAAAAGAUGACAUGGAUUCAACAAUGGCAGAAGAUUCUGAUGACCCUUAUGACUUUGCAGAGAAUGAAGACACUCAAUCCAGUCAGAAGACAAGACCACCAUCUCAGAGGAUCAGUCAAAAGAAAAAAACUGACAUCAGUCAGGACAGAAUUAAGGUUUUCAAGGCUGCACUGCUGAAAGCCUUCAAGGUGACCAGGUCUCAGUCUGUGGCAGUUCCAGAGCUUCUCACCCAUAUUAACAAGGGUCAGUCUGAGGAGUUUGACCAGCAAGAGGUGAACCUGCUGCUGGAGCGCAUGCAGGACGAUAACCAAGUCAUGGUGUCUGAGGAUGUGGUCUUCCUUAUUUGACGCUGAAGGAAGUGUAAAAGAAAAUUUGUCUUCGUUUUGUUUAGUUGUGUUCUGUACUUCUGUCCAUAAUAUUCAUGUUUGUCAUUCUAUUGGUCACUAAUAAAUAGCUAGAGCACUCA